AUGUGGGUUUUAGAUGUCGUAGAGGGCGACGGCGCUGUUUCCGACACUACAUUCUACCUAAUAGCGGGUGAGUGGAGCGUUGGUCGAAAGCGUUGUCACGUCAACUUUCAUACGGAUUCAUCUAUCUCGCGCACGCACGCACUGAUUCGCGUAGGCGCGUUGACGCCCGAGCAGCUUGGAGAUUCGUCCACAUGUCCGUCGCUGGAGCUGGUGGACAAGAAUUCACGCUUUGGCUCGUUUGUAAAUCAGAAGAAGAUUGUUGGAACUUGUAGCUUGCAACACGGUGAUCUUAUCUCCUUUGGGGCCAAAAAGACUAUAUUGCGCGUGCGUAAUCAAGUGUUUGUUCUCGUGGCCUCGCGCAUCCAGCGGGCCAAUCGAGCUAAUUUUAUGGAUACGUGCCAGCGCAUUGGCAUGCACUUAGUCACGACGGAAAAUAAGGAUGCUACACACUGUAUCAUGGAUCCAGGACGAAUCGUAGCGACAGUUAAGGUGCUUUGGGCGCUGGUGUUCACCCAACCGGUGGUGUGUACGCCGUGGAUUUAUGCUAUAGCGAACCGUCUUAAAUUAUCAGAGCCUUUGCCGCGUUGUGAGGAGUUCUUGCCUUCGGAUCCGUCCAUUCCGUUCGUUGAGAGCAACUAUCUCCCGAAUCCGCUCCGCAAAUCGCUCUUUCAAGGGUAUGCGGUGCUGUUCCUGAAUCCGCAGCCGAUGGAGGAGCUUAUUGCUGCCAUGGGCGGCAUUGUAGUUCGUGGCUAUGAGAACAAUACGGAGGACGACACUUUAUUGCAUGAGCUGGGCUCGCUGGCUUCAAGCAAGUGUUUGCUACUGAUCGAGCCGCAUGGAACGGGAAUCUUCAAUACAGCAGGACUAAGCGAACAGCGAGUCACAACUCCUUUUGACCCUAUAUGUCCUGUGGAGAUAGUAGAUCAAAGAGUGGCACUGUUUAAGUCAAUGGGGGCUGUUUUUACGAGUGUUCAAGAAUUAGCAGCAAGUGUAAUUUUCGUGAAACCACCGACGCCACCAAAUGAUUCCUCCUUUAGCAGUAGCCUUGCGAAUUGUACAGGUCCAUCUUCCCAGAACUCGGGCCACCUGAACUAUAUGAAUACGCGAGGGAUUCUAUCAACAGCUGAAAAGGAGCAUCAGAAAAUUACGGAUGCAAAUCAAGAAGAGGAAGUUGAUGUUGCAUACGUUACGAACAAAGAAAAUUCUGAAAAGCAGUUUGAUCUGAAUAACAAAAAAGCCAAAGAUGUAAUGUCUGGGACCAUGCAGAUCUCGACAACGGGCGAAAAAAAAGAACAUGCCUCUGCAAACAAGAUCAAACGUGAUAUGCUGCCAAAUGAAAUGAACGAUAUGACAGCGUCUGCUUGGAAAUCCUCACGUAUUUUGCAGCAACGCGAUGUAAAAUUUGAAGAGGCAGAUGCAAAUAAGCCAAUCGUUGUUUGCUGCCCAUUAAUUACGCGAAAAAGAGAGCCUUCUCGACAUGGUGAAAUGAAAAGAUUGGUAAAUUACAAGCGUUUCAAAAAAAGUCGCGGAUGCAGCUCGCGUUCGAUAACAUCUUUGUUCCCCCAAAAGACUGUUGUAAGUGUUGUUGACAAUGCUGAACGCAGAGCUCUUCAAGAAAAUAUGGAGGCUAUGGAAGCGCAAGAACGAAUUGCGGAGGAGCUGUUUGCAAUGGGAGAAGGAAGAACUAAAACGAAGCUUUUUUAG